AUGGCGGCCAAAACGUUCCAAUUUGGACGGAUUGUUCUCCAGCCUUCAGUGGUGUUUUUCCACUCCAAAUUAUCAUUUGCUUUUGUGAACAGAAAGCCAGUCCUCCCUGGACAUGUUCUUGUGUCUCCUAUUCGCGUUGUAAAGAGAUUUUGUGACUUAACAGAGGAAGAAGUCAUGGACUUGUUCGUUAGCACGCAGAAAAUUGCUCGUGUUAUUGAGAAAGAGUAUGGGGCGACCUCACUCUCGAUAGCGAUCCAAGAUGGACCCGAAGCAGGACAAACAGUGGAACAUGUCCAUGUCCACUUGUUACCAAGGAAGAAAGGAGAUUUUGAAAGCAAUGACGAUGUUUACAAAGCGCUCGAUGAACAUGACAAACAACAAAUUGAGUCGAAGGGGGUGGAAUUUAGGAAUGAAGACGAUAUGUCAAAAGAGGCAGCAAGUUUAGCCUGUCUUUUUUCUACAGGUCUAUAA